GCCACUACCAUGGACGGACGUGUGUUGUGCGUGUUGCUCGUGCUGACCCGGUGUGUCGCCGCUGAGGAGGCACCGUCACUACAGACGCUGCAGCAACAACAGACUCAGCAAUACCAACUGGUACAGGAGGCCCUCCGUUUAGCCAUGGAGAAGAACACGGAGUUCGCCGCGCUCAGGGAAGAGGUUCUCACCCUCAAGUCAGAGUUAGAGAAACUCCGGAGUGGCAACCAGGUGAAGAACGACCACCUGACGGUGCAAUGGCUGGCAGGGACGGUGGCAGAAUUGAGGAGCGAAGUGGCCGAGCUGUCGGGGUCCGUGAACCGCACGGAAGAGCUAGCAGCCAGAGAAGCGCUGGGCGAGGAGGUGCGGAUGGUACGAGGAGAUGUGACUGCUCUCAGAAGAGACUUGGACGUGCUGCGAGCCGAGCAAGAGGCGAGAGUCGGGGUCCUGGCAGAGGAACUCCGGGAGGUCAAGGCUCACUGUCUCCGGAAGUCAAAGAAGGAAGACAAUUUGUUGAUCAUGUCUGAAGAAGAUCUGCCUCACGACAACAAGCGGUUCCGUCACCAACGGUUGCUGAAGAAGCGUGUGGAGACACUGUCAAAUUCCCAGACAAAAUUGGAACAACAAGUCCAGCGGCUGGAGAAGAGACUUCAGGCUCCAGCGCAUUACCAGCGAGUCACCAGUAAUGAUGUGUUGGAGGAGGAUCUCACUGCUAGAGUAACUUUGCUGGAAGACAAUGGCAAGCAGACAACUAAAGCCCUCUUCAACGUUAGCCGCCAGGUGGCAGGUCUGAGCAAGCUACAUGUAUCCAUGCUGGAAUUGCUGGAGUCUGUGGAGGGUUUGGAGAGUAAAGUGGACAAUACAGUUCCAGAGUUCCGCAAGGAGAUCAGCCGACUGGAGUUUUCUCUGGCUCAACUCACUUCCACGACCAGUAUCCUGCGUGAGGACCAGGAGAAUCAAAGAACAUCUGUGAAGGCAAUGGGAGGAGCCAUGUCAUCCAUGCAGGAGAAGUUGGAUCUAGGACAAUCUCGGCUGAAAGUGCUGGAGACUCAGCUAAAUAAUUUGACGUGUGCGGACCACGAGGCGCAGAGUGAAGAAGCACUGACACAACCGCAACACUCAGCCCAGUUGCCUGCUCUCAUCUCUCGGCUUACUCAGGUCAUUCGUGACUACGACCUCAUUGUAGCUGACCUUCCACAUGAAUGCAGUUGGGUGGAUGGGCCCUCAGGUUUGUACAUCGUGGCCCCAGGUAGUGGCCGACCUCUGGUGACCUUCUGUGACCAGCUGACAGGAGCUGGCGGUUGGACCCUGGUACAACGCCGACAAGACGGCUCUCAGGAGUUCAAUAAGAAGUGGGAUGAAUACGCCACCGGCUUCGGUUCUCCACUUGGUGAGUUCUGGAUCGGAAAUGAAGCACUCCAUCGUCUGACAGCAGCUAACCUCUCCUCUCUGCGUAUUGACCUCGUGGACAUAUAUGGAAAGGCUUGGUACGCAGAGUAUGACGAGUUCAGUGUUGCCAAUGCGACAGAUGGCUACCGCUUGACUGUGUCUGGCUACCAUGGUAAUGCCAGUGAUGCUCUCGACUACCAGAACCACAUGCAGUUUAGUGCAAUAGAUUCAGACAGAGACGUCAGCAAUACUCACUGUGCAGCCAACUAUGAAGGAGGAUGGUGGUUUUCUCACUGUCAGCAUGCCAACCUCAAUGGGCGCUACAACCUCGGUCUGACAUGGUUUGAUGCCAGCCGCAACGAAUGGAUUGCUGUUGCACGCUCUGAGAUGAAGGUGCGCAGUCGUACACGUCACAGAACCGCUGCGUAAAUUGUUACCACUGAACAUAAACAAUUUCCAGUGAGACUGAACAAAGAAGGUUUAAAAUGUUGUCAUGUAGAUAAUUGAAAAUUAUUGUCACAUCUGAUGUGAAAAGUUGUUGAUGUCGCUGUUUUAUGAUUUUUAUACAGUGGUAAAAUUAAUAUAAAGCACAUUUAUUGUUCAAAAAUUUUCACGUAUUAAACAUUCUGAGUUGGACAAAAAGUUCUCAUCAUUGGUCAUACGUCUUGUUAUUCUUAUAAUGAGAAACAUUGUUCUUGAUAAUAUCAGUAAAUAAAGAAACAGCAUUUAUAGACUUUUUGGUUAAUAUCAUUUUAUAAUAAUUUUAAGAUUUAUUAUAAAUGUUGCAUACAUAUUUAAAAAAUACCAAAUACAUUCAAUUCAUGUUGGGAUAAUUAUCAAUAAUCAUCUUCUUAUAAAACCCAAUUUUCAACUAAAUAAUAUAAUUAUUGAGUUUAUCAUAUUGAUGUAUAAAUUAGAAAAAUGUUCUGAGUUACUUCUUACCCAUUAGCCUUGAAUGUUUAGUCGUUUAAGCUAGUCAAAAAUUAGUUUGUAAUUUAAUGUAUUCAUAGAAUAAAUAAAUGUGAACCCACAAAAAGAGCAGAUUUGUAUUCUAAUUUUCAACCUGCUUUUAGAUAAGUUGUAUAUAUCACACAAACUUAACUUAAAACAGAAAACACAGUCCAAGUUUUUUUAGAAUCAAAUUAGUUUGGAAUGUAACAAAGAAAAUCAAAACUUAGUCAUUAGGUUAGUUAAAUAAUAUCUACCAAAAAUAAUUAUAAUAAACUACCGUAAUUGUUUUGUAUAGUGUUUUUGUACAUUUAGAUAGUAUAGUUAUAACAAGACAUUAGAAUCGUUAUGUCAAAGUGUGUUCAACUGUGAAAUAAGUGUAAACAAUUAUUUUUGUAUGUUGUGUUUUCAAUUAAUUACUGUACAAUUUAGUUUGUAAUAUUUCCUCUACUAUUUUCAUGCACAAUUAGAUCAUAAGUUAAUUUUAUACCAAAAAUUUGUAAAUACUUGUAUGUAUGUUAAGUAUAAAAACAACUAUAUGACUACAAUAUUCUCUUGUUAUGUACAUAGGUAUCUGUUUUAGACUAUAAGUUUAAUGUUGACUGCCUUAGAUUAGCAAAAUAGCACCGUAUUGAAUUAGUUUAGGAAAAUAGUACAGGUAAAUAUUUUAUCUGUCAUAAUUUAAAACAAAUAUUUUUCUGGUUUUAUUAUCAAACAAUUUUAUGACCUAAUAUUUAACAUUCAGUGUUUACAGAAAGAUUUCCAUGUUAGCGUAAAGGUUAUUUAGUGUAAAGCUAAUAAAUGUUAAUAUGUAUUCGUAUAUAAAUGGUGCAUUCAGUGGUUUAAAGAUUAUUAAUUCAAAGAGGGUGCUAAAUACAUGAUAUAAUUAAACCAUUUGGCUGAGACUACUGAAAUAAAAUCACAUUAUUACUUCAAGUUGUAUUUAUUAUGUUUUCUUAAAAUAACAAAAUAUUAGGUAAGAUGUCCCAACUUUAUUUUUAAAAGCACUGUUUGGAAUUGUAAUAUUGAGAACAAAAAUGAAUAGUUUGAUUAUUAAACUAUGCAUUUUAUAAUAAUUAGUUUUUUCUUACAACUGUAAUGCAUCUAUUUUAAUAGAUCACAUCUUUAAGCUAAUUUAAAAAUUGUUAUCCUACUACUUUAUUUGAAUAAAACAGAAUUACUCAUAAAUUGAGAUUCCUAAUUUUAUUGUUCAUAGUUAUUGUACAUUUUUGCAGAUAUAGUGUGGAGAUUAAUUAUAAGUACACUUUUUACUAAAAAUAAAAUAUGUUCUACAAAA